UGGCUCCACGGUCCCUAACCCGCCCCUGCGCCGGAGGCUUGAGAGUGCUGCACCUGGCCUACCGGAAGUAGUUCCCCGGGCGGACGCUUAUCCAAGGCAAGUAGCGGAAGUGCUGCCUCUUCCGGUCUCUUUGGCCUCGGCGGCAGCAGCAAGAUGACGAAAGGGACGUCAUCCUUUGGAAAGCGUCGCAACAAGACGCACACGCUUUGCCGCCGCUGCGGCUCCAAGGCCUACCACCUUCAGAAGUCGACCUGUGGCAAGUGUGGCUACCCGGCCAAGCGCAAGAGAAAGUAUAACUGGAGUGCCAAGGCUAAGAGACGAAACACUACCGGGACUGGGCGGAUGAGGCACCUGAAAAUUGUCUAUCGAAGAUUCAGACAUGGAUUCCGUGAAGGGACAACACCUAAACCCAAGAGGGCAGCUGUUGCAGCAUCCAGUUCAUCUUGAGGAAUUUCAGUCAGUCAUAAAAUAAAUGUUCUGGUUUCAAAAGCA